AUGGAUUCUGAGAAUACAAAACUCAUUGAUGACUGUGCGUUACCUCCUCGUUUACCGGCUCCUCCAAGUGGUAGGCAGGGAAGCGCUCCCCCAUGUCUUGUUUCACAAGUGAAGCCGUCGCCCCCACAACUCCAUUUAGUUCUUAUUGAUAUCAGAGGGAUGACGUGCCAUGCCUGCGUUAAUAAUAUCCAAGAUAACAUAUCUCAGAAGCCUGGCAUUUCAGAAAUCAUAGUUUCGCUCGAAGAUUGCGAAGGUCGAGUCAUCUUCGAUGCUUCAAUAUUAAAAGCUGAAGAAGUAGCCGAAAUGAUCGAUGAUAUGGGAUUUGAUGCCAAGUUGAAAUCGUCAGACAUAUAUUCUAUCCAAAAUCAGUCUGACGGUAUGCAAGGGAAGAAUGAAGCGAUGAUAUCCAUUAAAGGAAUGACUUGUCAUGCAUGCGUUAAUAACAUUGAGGAUAACAUGGAAAAGAAGCCAGGUAUCAAAUCUAUGAGCGUUAGCUUAGAGCAGGAAAUCGGUAUUGCUAUAUUUGAUCCUACCGUUACUACUGGACAUCAAAUAGCAGAAAUGGUCGAUGAUAUGGGAUUUGAUGCCCAGUUGCUCAAUGAACGAAAAUGUUCGGAACAGCCUACUCCUCUACCAGUGUUGAACAUCGAUAAGAAACCACCUGAAAAGAAAAUAAAUCUGCCAAUGGAUAUCGUUGAACUCAAGAUCAAUGACAAAACCUAUGUAGAUGGCACCUGCGACUCAUUAGAGAAAUGCACUUUAGCUGUAGAGGGAAUGACAUGUGCUUCAUGUGUUCAAUAUAUUGAAAGAAAUAUAAGUAAAAUGAAAGGUGUCAGUUCUAUUGUUGUUGCCUUGAUUGCUGGAAAAGCUGAAGUCAAUUUCGAUUCAUCCGUGUUAGCAUGUGAAGACAUCAUGGAAGAGAUUGGUUCGUUAGGUUACCGAGCGACUCUUCUGGACAGUGCUUUCUCGCACUAUAAUAAAAUUCGUUUAACGCUUGGCAGAGUAGAGCAUGAAUCAGAUAUUUCACGAUUAGAAUCUCAUGUUCAGUCUAAAACUGGAGUAGAGAGUUGCCACGCUUCGUUGGCUACGUCAAUGGCUACGGUUGAGUUUUCUCCUAGCUUGAUAGGUCCUCGUGAUAUAAUCUCCGUCAUAGAGCAAUUGGGAUAUACUGCCGAGUUGGCGAGUAAGAAUGACCAGCUUAAAAACUUAGACCAUUCUAAUGAAGUUCGAAAAUGGAAGAAGACUUUCUUGUUCAGUUUAAUUUUUGGUGUGCCGGUCAUGUUGAUAAUGAUAGUUUUUCAUUGGAUCUUGCAUACCGGUAUGCACCCAGAGAAUCAAAUUCCUAUCUUCACCCCUGCUUUAUCUCUUGAUAAUCUAUUAUUAUUCGCGUUAUGUACUCCUGUACAAAUCAUUGGUGGUAGACAUUUCUAUAAGGCUGCUUGGAAAACUAUCAAACACGGGAAUGCUAACAUGGAUGUUCUCAUCGUCCUAGCCACUUCUAUAUCCUAUAUAUAUUCAUUCCUAGUACUCGUAGUAGCUUUAAUCUUUCGAUGGUCAUCAAGUCCUAUGACCUUUUUCGAUGUUCCACCAAUGUUGAUAGUUUUCAUUGCUCUAGGAAGAAUGAUGGAACACAAAGCUAAGGGCAAAACAUCUGAAGCCCUGAGCCAUUUGAUGUCACUGCAAGCACGUGAAGCUACUUUAGUAACUAGAGAUGAAGAUGGACAUAUCACUUCCGAGAAAGGCAUCAAUAUAGAACUAGUGCAACGCAAUGAUUUGAUCAAAGUUCUUCCCGGAGCCAAAGUCCCCGUAGAUGGUACUGUCAUAGAUGGAGUGAGCUCAGCUGAUGAAUCAUUCAUCACUGGGGAAUCAAUGCCAGUAGUUAAGAAACCAGGUUCUGCUGUGAUUGGAGGUUCGGUGAAUCAAAAAGGAGUUUUAAUAAUCAAAGCAACCCAUGUCGGCCAAGAUUCAACGUUAUCGCAAAUCGUUCGGUUGGUUGAGGAAGCGCAAACUAAUAAGGCGCCAAUUCAAGAGCUCGCUGACAAGAUUGCCGGAAUAUUCGUACCUUUUGUAAUUCUGGUAUCAGUUCUCGCGUUUUUGGGUUGGGUAGUGAUUGGAUACACUUCUGGUGAUGGUAAUGAGACUGGAAUCACGAAAUUCGAAAGUGUUAUGAAAGUAGCUUUCGAAAUAGCUAUUACGGUCUUAUCCAUAGCAUGUCCGUGUAGUCUCGGGCUGGCUACUCCAACAGCUGUCAUGGUGGGAACGGGAGUGGGCGCAAAGAACGGCAUUCUCAUUAAAGGAGGAGAGCCAUUGGAGAAAGUUCACAAAGUGAACACAGUGGUUUUCGAUAAAACUGGUACAAUCACGGAAGGAAGACCGAGAGUUAUUUCGUUCUUAUCUUUCGUUUCACCCAAAAGUUUUCCAUUCCGUAUACUCGCUCUAGUAAUCGGAUCUACUGAGUCUAAGUCGGAACAUCCAAUCGGAACAUCAAUCACCGCAUUCGUGAAACAGGUGUUCGGAGAACCCACUUGGGCUUCUGUUUCCAGAUUUCAUGUGUCUGCUGGAUUCGGUGUAACAUGUCGAGUGGAGGGAGUAAAGAGAUGUCUGGCAUCGAUGCCCAAAAAAGUUUUUCCAAGUGUAUCUGAUGGAAAGAAGUUCACUAUCCCCAAUACUGAAGCAAUGUAUCAUCAGGUUUCCAGCCUUGAGAAGGUGGAUGUUUCCAACAUUGAUUCAUUUGAUGUAGUUAUCGGGAGUGUUAAAAUGAUGGCGAGACAUUCCAUAAUCGUGGAAGAGAAAAUCCUUGAAACUUUAAAUCAUGAGCAACAGAAUGGGCACAUCUCUAUCAUGUGUGCAGUGAACAAGCAAGUGGUUGCGAUUAUAUCUAUUGCUGACAAAGUAAAGAAUGAAGCUCCACUCGCAGUUUAUGAGCUGAAAAGGAUGGGCAUGAACGUUGUUCUUCUCACGGGAGAUAAUGCUAAGACAGCAGAAUGCACGGCCAAACUCGUAGGAAUCGAGCAUGUCUUCGCCGAAGUGUUACCCAAUCAGAAGCAAGCAAAAAUACAACAACUUCAAGCAAACAAACAGAAAGUAGCGAUGGUUGGAGAUGGUGUGAACGAUAGUCCAGCUCUCGCAUCGGCCGACGUUGGAAUCGCCAUAGCUGCCGGUAGUGAUGUAGCAAUAGAGAGCGCAGGCAUUGUGCUUGUUCGGAAUGACCUAGUUGAUGUUGUCGGAGCUAUCAAACUGUCUCGGUUAACAACCAACAGAAUUCGUUGGAAUUUCCUGUUUGCUAUAUUCUAUAAUGCUAUUGGCAUACCUAUCGCUGCAGGAAUUACACGACCAGUAGGGAUCGUAUUACAGCCUUGGAUGGCAGCUUUAGCGAUGGCCCUCAGUAGUGUUUCCGUCGUGACAUCAUCCCUAAUGCUUAACACUUUCAAAAAACCGACUAUUGGUUCCUUACACACACCAACGUUUAAACAAUAUAUGAAGCGACUAGAGGCUGGCAAUGUCAACGUAAAAGUUCAUCGGGGGCUCGAGGAUAGUUUUGGACAUAGAACAAAGUCGUUUGGCUCAGUGAUAUCGAGUCAGUUCAGCUCAUUCAUGGGCUCCACUGCUAGCAUCAUUAGUGGUAUUGGUAAAAAAUCGGGAAGAGAAAAGCUUCUGGACUCAGACGCAGAGGAUACGGAUCUCAUUGUGUAA